UUAAAUUAUCAUUGAAAGACUAUCAUCGCUCUUCAUUCUAUAAAAAUGAAUUGCAUGCAAAGGUAGACCUUAAAAUUUCGGUUUCUAUUCAAUUUAAAAGAAUUCAGAUACUCUUCAAAAAUAUUGCAUUAAUAUGAAUCGUGCCGAAAACUUAGCGCAAUUUUUAUCAGGAGGAUUGAAGAUAAAUGUUACUAUUUAAUAAAGCGGACUUUGAUUAAACAACAUUUUCUUCUUUCAGAAGUCGAUAGCAUUGCCAGUUUGCUUCAGAAGAAGUUAAAAAUGAGCGAUCACUACAUAAUCGAUUUAACGUUGUAUACUUACAUGAUUUCAAUAUUGUUAUCUGUUACUACUUUGAUAAUAUACUUCACCUUGAAACAAUGGAGGACAAGAGAUGGAAAAAUGAUGUUAAAUAUUAUGAUGGUGGAUUUACUAUUUGCAUGCUCUAGUGUAGUUUAUUUAUUUUGCAGGUCAGUGCAAUGUCGGUAUUACUUAGCUCAGAUAGCACUUUACUUGGUUCUUCUUUCGUAUGCCUAUCAGACAUUGAUUGCUGCAAAUCGUUAUAUUGUUGUCAAUUUUACGUUUACUUACAAGAACGUGCUAAACAGAAGCAGGUUGUUUGUCGUGUUAUUUUUAUUAUGGAUGUUUACCUCGUUAUAUUUGAUUACAUCUCUCACCGACCAACAAAAUGGUACAAAUAAAAGUUUUAUUUUAAGUCAAAAAGUAUUAAUGAUAAACAAUAAAGUGUUAUUGAUGAGCGAUAAAGUGUUUAUGAUGUAUAUCUCCACCAAUUCAAUUAUCUGUUUUUCCGCAAUUCUAUUUGUCCUUUCAGUUUUAACAGUGACCUUAGAAAUAAAGCUCCGUUGCACAGCUACAAGUCACAGAGAACGGUUAAGAACACUUUUGAAAUCUAUUCAAACCAAUAUGGCGCCAAUUACAAAACGAAAAUUUAGUUUUCAAAACUUUAAAAACUCUUUUUCAGGUGAACACUUGCCUGUUAGGAAAACUUCAAUUUUUCUAUUUGGCAUUCACAUUUUUAUAACAGUGUGUAUUUUAAAUGCUUCUUUAUGCAAUAUUUUAAAACAUCGUUAUCCGUCAAUUUAUUUAUUCUCCAAAUACUCUACACUUGUUAUGUCCGUGUUAAUCAGUCUACGUCCAACUGUUAACACCCUUAAUAGUUUGUCUUAUCAAAAAUUAAAGUGCUUUAAGAGAGUUUUUUUUAAGCACCUUGGCAUAAAUUUAAAGCACAAUAGCGAAUAUUACGACCAUAACCAAACAGAUAUUCAGGAACGCAUAAAGAAACGCAGUUCUUGUUUAAUAUCAGCUGAAUUUUCAAAAUAAAUAAAUUUGUUUACGUGAUAUUAUGUAAAGAAUGCAAUUUGUUUUUGAGAAACAAAACUUUAUCAAACAAUUUUGAAAAUAUAAAUAGUUUAUCACCAAAUUAUAAAUUAUUAUAUUUAUUAUUUAGAGUUAUUUUAUAUAAUGAGUUAAAUUAUGAUGUAAAUAUAUAAUGUUUAAAUAUUAAAAGUAAAUAUAUUUAAAA